AAUUAUUUGGUAAAAGAAUUUGGGAGAACAAACUCCGGUCGGCGCCGUGUUUUAGAACCCUACUUGUUGUUCUUCCUUCUUAAUCGCUCUCCGGUCGGCGCCGUGUUUUUCGCGUCUCUCUCAAACUCCAAUUCUCUAUUUUCCGACCAACAGAGAGUAGCGACUGGUUAUUUUCUGUAAAUUUCUGAUAUUUAUCGCUUUUUCUCUGGGGGUUUUCUAAGGUUUUACUUGGAAUCCAAAUCGAUGUUUAUUGUGAUGUUUAGCUAGUUAUGGAAUUGUUGGGUGGAGUUGUUCGCAGUGACGUAGAAGUAGCAUACUCUCGAGUGCAGUGAUGAUUCUGAAGCAGCUGAAACAAUUUACCUUGUCUGCUACUCGCAGAAAUGCUGUUUUCAAAACUGAUGUUAAACGGCUUGCAAGGUUCUAUGGCUCUCCUGCUGUUUGCGAAUCUUUAACAACAUCUAAAAUUCCCAAAAGACUCUCAAAAGAUGAUCGGCGAGCUUUGGUGGAGUCCUUUGUCAACGAAUACAGAGCAACUAAUGCUGGUAGAUUCCCUUCAUUGGAUGCUACUCACAAGCAAGUGGGAGGCUCUUAUUACAUUGUCAGGGACAUCUUUCAAGAGCUGAAACUCAAACCAAAAGCACAUAUGCCAAUCGUAGCUAAAGCCCUCUCAGAAGUCUCUUCUUCUGUACCAGGUGAUGCUUCCUCACACUCCUCUCCAGCACCUGUGCCAACCGUUGAAGCUAAAGCCCUCUCAGAAGUCUCUCCUUCUGUACCAGCUGAUGCUUCCUCACACUUGUCUCCAUCACCUGUGCCAAUCGUAGAAGCUAAAGCCCUCUCAGAAGUCUCUCCUUCCGUACCAGCUGAUACUUCCUCGCACUUCUCUCCAGCACCUGUGCCAAUCGUAGAAGCAGAAGCCCUCUCAGUAGUCUCUCCUUCUGUACCAGCUGAUACUUCCUCACACUUCUCUCCAGCACCUGUGCCAAUCGUAGAAGCUAAAACCCUCUCAGAAGUCUCUCCCUCUGUACCAGAUGAUGCUUCCUCACACUUCUCUCCUGUGGUUGUUGAACCUGAGUUUCAAGCUGGCAGUGUGGAUAUUGAGAUAGGAAGUGAGCAGAGGCCGGAUAUAAUAGAUACUUCUCACUCUAAUUCUGAUGAUGAAAGUAAUUUCCAGGGCAACAACCUUGUCAUUACUGCAAAAGAUGACAAAAGAGAAACAGAGGCAACUCAGGGAAUAGAAAACUCGGAGACUGAUGAAGAGAGGAACUUGACGCACUUAGGCAAUCAAGAGUCAAAAGCAGACCAUCUUGAAGGAGCUGAUGUUUCAGCAGAUGUUGUGCCUACUGAGACCAGACAAAUUUCAGAGACAGGAGCCGGUGAGGUGAAAGAGACGGAAACUGGUGAGGUGAAAGAAAGGUCAAGUUCGUGGAGCAACAUAAUGUCAUUUGCGAAAGAAUUUGCGAACUUUUGGAGAUGAGGGUAGAUAUAGCCAGGGAGCUUUAGACACGCUCAGGAAGGGUAGGUAGAGGUGUGUAAAGUAUACCAGUAGAAGCUGUUUUGUUUUGACAUUUUGCGCAAAGGUUUGGAAUCGACCAAGAUGUCUUAAUCUAGACUAUUAUUGUCCUGCUGGCUAUGAGUCUAGAUUAAAACACACAACAGUUUUAGAGGCUUGUUUUGUGAUCGACCAUUUUGUACAAAGGUAUAGAAUCUCCCAAGAUGUUUAACAUGGUAAUCUAUACUAUCGUUGUCCUACUCACAAUGAGUCUAGAUCAAAGCUCGUAUUUUCGCUAAUUCAUUGUUUGUUCUACAGAACUACAAAUCCAAAUAAAUACUC